AUGGCGGCGGUGGCCAGUGCGGACGUCGACGCCGCCGCGGCGGUGCACCUGGUGGUGCUCCAGCACGGGCUGUGGGGCACCCCGCAGAACCUGGGCGCGCUGCAGGAGCGGCUGGAGGCGGCGCUCCAGGCGCUGGCGGGGCCGGAGCGCAUCGUUAUGGAGAACAGCGCUGUCAACGAGCGCCGCCGGACGCACGACGGCAUAGACACUUGCGGGGACCGCCUGGCGCAGCUCAUCCUGGCGCGCACCGCGCAGCUGCGGCUCGACGGCCACAGGGUGGCGCGGUUGUCCCUGCUGGGCUACUCUCUCGGGGGGCUCAUCUGCAGGUAUGCCAUUGGCAAGCUGCAGGCCCUGGGCUACUUUGAGUCGGUGGCGGCGGCCAACUACAUCAGCAUCGCCUCACCCCACCUGGGGUCGUUCAGGGAGCCCGUGGGCAUGGGCUUCUGGGCGCGGAUCUUCAACGCCCACGUGCCCCUCGUCGCGUCGCGGUCCGGCCACCAGCUGAUGCUCCUGGACAGGCGCUUUGCGCUGCCCGGCGGCAGGAGGGGCGGCACGGCCAGCGACAGCGCCGGCAGUAGGACGGGCGGGAGUGAAGCGCAGCCGGCCAGGACGAGGAGGCCCUGGCCUUUCGAGACGGCUGGCGGGGAGGGCACCAGCCCUGCAACUCCGCGGGGCGCUAGCCCCUUGCGUGGCCGCAGCCCCAGGCGCGGGAUGACACCGAGCGGGGGCAGCCCGCGUAGCGGGACCUCCGCUGGCGGCAGCCCACCGGGCGGCAGCCCACGCGGCGGCACCGACGACGAAGGCAGCGAUGCCAGCGGCAGCGGUCGCGUGCGCGCCGCCCGGCGGUCCCGGCGGAGCGUGGGCCUGGAGGGCCGGCCUGCGCCGCUGCUGGUGCUCAUGGCGCACCCCAGCGGUCCCUUUUACGAGGGCCUGGCCCGGUUUCGAAGACGCAUACGUGUCGCAAACAUAAAGAAUGACGUCAGCGUGCCCUACUGCACCGCCGCCAUGUCCAUGACCAACCCCUACCUGUCAGCAGCCCCAGUGCCGUGCGACCCCCGCUACCCCUCUGUCGUGCGCCCCGCCCUCGAGGGCGAGCUGCCGCCACGCUCGCGCCCGGCCGUCGGCACGGGCGUGCUCGCCGCCGCCGCGCUGGCGCCCGCCCUGCUGCCGCUGCUGCCUGUCCUGUAUGUUGGUUAUGUCACAUCCACGCUGGUGCACCACCGCUUUGCGGCCGCGCGCGCCCCUGACGCGCGCUGGCUGGUAGAGCGCCACCCCAUGCUGGCGCUGCAGCGGCUGCAGGGAGCCGUGAGCCGCAUGGUGUCGCUUGACCUGGGAAUUGGGCCGGGUGCCUCCCGCAACCGCGGGGGCCACGCCCUGGGCGGCGGCGAGGCUAUUGGCAGCAUUCCCAGCAACAGCAGCAGCAGCCCCAACAGCGGGACCCGCAGCGCCAGCAAGGGCACAGUCACCGUGCAGCACCGGCGGCGGGGCGGGGGCAGCUUCACCCUGGCCUGCCCCGACGACCUGCAGCUGCGCGACGCGCUCGACGCCGUGGGCGACGCGCGGCGCGCGGAGCUGCUGUCGGGGGAGGCCUCCCCCCCUGAGGACCACGACGGGGCCGUGCUGGAGGGCGGCUUUGGCGAGCAGCAGGCGUGGAUCGCCAAGCGGCUGCGCAAGCUCGGAUGGCUGCACGUGGAUGCGGACUGCGGCAAUGUGCGGUCGCACGCGGCCGUGAUCAAUCGCGGCGGCCUGUUUGCGCGCACCGCGCGGCACGACGUCGUCGACUUUGUGGCGGACCACCUGGCGCUGCAGUGA